AUGAAUAUGAGCAGCUCGCUCUACAAACUUGACCCGUUUUUAGAUGUCGACGGAAUUCUACGUGUCGGUGGACGCCUCAGACAUGCGAGCUUGAAAGGAGACGUAAAAUUUCCCAUCAUCCUGCCACGAAACAGCCACGUCACCAAGUUGAUUAUCAGGCAUUUCCAUGCGCGUACACAUCAUCAAGGUAAAGGAAUGAUCUUGAACGAAGUACGAUCGAAUGGGUUCUGGGUGCUUAGCGGUUCGUCAGUAGUCGCCAACAUGAUUUCAUCCUGUGUCACGUGCCAAAAACUGCGCGGAACAGUACAAGAGCAAAAGAUGUCAGAUUUGCCGGAAGAUCGCCUCGAGUCUUCUCCGCCCUUUACAUACUGCGCCAUGGAUUAUUUUGGGCCGUUCGUCAUUAAACAAGCCAGGAAGGAGUUAAAGCGAUAUGGAGUGCUCUUUACCUGCAUGGCGUCAAGAGUUGUCCAUAUCGAAACUGCCCACUCCCUUGAAACCGACUCCUUCAUAAACGCUUUGAGAAGAUUCAUCAGUCGUCGAGGCCCUAUCCGCCAGCUUAGAAGCGAUCAGGGAACACACUUCGUAGGAGCUCGUACAGAACUCGCACAUUAA